GGGUUCUGUGGUUUUGGCCAUCGCAACUUCUUGGUAAACUCUUAACACACAAUGGGAAAGCGGCGGAGGCGCGCGGGGUUCACGGGAAUUCAGAAGAUAACAAAUGUGGUGGGUUUCCCGAGCGCUGCUUUACUGCUACCAAUCUGCUGACUGGUUACGACGUUUGCCCAUCUUCCUCGCCUUGCUUCGGCCAGCACUCGCUCACGCUAAAUCAUAUAUAAACAUUGCCAGCACUACUUGCAGACCAUUACUGUUCCAAACACCGAAUCGUCCGCCAGAUCACCUGCCACACGAAGAACAACAGUACCUCAGCACCACAAUGAAGUGUUUUGCAAUCUUGAUGGCCUUGUUUGUAUACACAAAUGGACAGCGUCCGUCGUACGCUGGUACCGGACCAAUCGGAAGACCUAGCUUGGCGAGUCGCUUUAAAGAUACCACCGAGGCGCCAACUACCAUUGACCUGGCCAACAGAAUGCAGGACACGUCCACGGAGAAGAUUCCAGUGGACGCCCGAGGCGACAGUGACCUAGUGAACAGGCUCAACCAGUGGCCACGGGAGAACCGGCCUUUUUGGCUCAUCAACGCCGAGCACAUCGAAGCCUCGCGCAACCCAAACAGGAACCAGCUGCAAAAUAGGAACAACUUUGACUCAUCCGAGACCAUACCGAUCAGGCCUACGGCUCAGAGGUCGUCCUUCCUGGCACCCAUCAACUAAAACUCGAGACUCCGCCGAUUAUCUACGUUCAUAAUUUAUUUCUUAAUGCCAUAUACGAGUGCUUCCCUCACUAACAACCCCAACUUGGAGAUAUUGUUGGAUUAUGCAAAAUAAAUGAAGCUAACUAACGUUA